UGCGCGUCACUGAAGGCUGUUGCUCGCGCGUAGUGGACCUAGAGGAGGAUCUGAUGAAGGUGAGGCACGGUCUGUCUGCUCGUUUACCGUUUACGCGCGCGACACCUUCGACUCGUGGCAGCUCGACGGCGUGAGCACAAGCGCGAGCGAGACCGAGACCAUGCCGUAGAGCUGCAUGAACGAACUCAAAGUUUGCCGCGCAAUCAGGCGGAUGAGUACAGCUGCGAAUCUGAGGCGCUUUAUACAGGAAACAACAGCGUAGAGGAAGAUGAAAUCUGCAGGAGUUGGCGAUGGAGGACUCUUCACAGAGAGCUACUGUAACAUCUGCAAUGCUCAGCUCAUCUCUGAGUCACAGCGUGUUGCGCACUAUGAGAGCAAGAAACAUGCCAACAAAGUGCGUCUGUUCUACAUGCUCCACCCAGAAGAUGGUGGUCCUCCUUCUAAAAGACUGAGACCAGACAACCCGGACAGCGCCGAGAAUGAGGUGGACAGGAACAAAUGCUGCACGCUCUGCAAUAUGUUCUUCACAUCUGCCAUCGUAGCUCAGUCGCACUACCAGGGUAAAACACAUGCUAAGAGAGUACGACUUGUUCUGGGAGAGCAGCCCAGCUUACCUACCCCCACAGAUUCAACUGCAAGCACCCCUCAGGCUACAGACCCAGCACCACCACCUUCACCCUCAUGGCCCUCCAUGGGCAACAAUGGAGAAGCAGGCAAGUACUGCUGUCUGUGUGGUGCUUGGUUCAACAAUCCACUGAUGGCACAGCAACAUUACGAAGGCAAGAAACACAAAAGAAAUGCAGCAAGAGCACGACUCCUGGAGCAGCUUGCAGGCAGUCUGGAUGCUGCCGAGAGCAGAGGCCUGCGUAGCAGCUACUCAUGCAGCAUAUGUAAUGUGGUUUUGAACUCCAUUGAGCAGUACUAUGCACACCUCCAGGGAUCAAAACACCAAAACAAUCUGAAACAACAACAUCAGCAAUGAAAAUUAAUGCUGGACAUAACAGAGGCAUUGCUACGGAAGCGCUGAAGAAAACAGGAAAUGGAUAUACUUACAAACAUUUGUGGAGAUGCCCAGGGAUUAAAGGGACACCUCGGACAAUACCUCUAUCUUUCACUGAGUUUCUUAAUACCUUGGAGGCUCCUCGACUGUUUUGUGCUUUAUGUUUGUAUUUUAGGUCAGAGUAAAUUCGACUGUCAUGAACUGGGAAUAAACACUGUUAUCUUGUAGGACUAAAGUAUGAACUUCAUGUCAAACUGAUGUCAAUCUGUGUUAUAGUGGUUCUAAUAAUCACGAAGGCACUCAUUGUAUACAAGCACUAGCCUGAAAAGACAGGGUCACUGAGUAUUUUCUUACAUUCACAAAGUCUAUAUAAUUAAUAAUGUAUAUUAAUAAGUAUGUAAUUAUCUAUUAUAUUUACAGUCUAUUCCUUGAUACCUGCAAACACUGCUGUGGUGGACUGUUUAGGCAUUUCACAAUGGAAAAAAGCACAAAGGAGGUUGGUCAUUUAUUGACUACAUUUUAUUUGGUAAUUGUCUUGUUUUGUGUUUAAAUGUUGCUAGUAAUGGUCAGUGGUAAAGCCUAUUGACUGCUUGUAAGGAAAUUUUAGUACAAAAGUGGACCUAGAUGAGAUUCUCACACAGAUUACAUUAUUUUCUCUUUAACAAAGCUAUUGCGUUUAAAGCAUAUCUCAUGUGAAGAAAACAUUCCUACAGGUCUCUGCAAAGUAGUACUGCCGAGAGUGGAUUUAGAGCUACCAAGUGUAUGAAGCUCUGCCUUAUACAGGUAUGCUGAACGGAUAGCUUCAUCAUUAGCAAUGCAAUUCUAUUUCCUUCGCUUGAUAAGUGAAUAAUGCUAUGUCAGUAUUUUGAAUUAAUUACAGACCAUUCACCUUUACGUAGUCAGAUACUAAGUUAUUGAUGGCGUCCAGCUGUGUGUAUUUUAAUGAUGUCAAAAGGACUGCUUUUAGAGAAGAUAUCAUGGUCUUUUGCGAUGUUUCCUUCUUCAGAAAAGUUUCUGACUUUAUUCAGGAGGCGGAUCGUUUAUGCAAUCCAAUUAUUAACCACCACAAUGCUUUUGUUUUAAAUUGGAUUAAUUAUGCAAAAAAUGUAAAUAAAUAGUAUCAGGAAAACAUGUUUUAAAGCCCUUAAGUGUUAUUAUAGGAAGACUGUAAUCUUUCAGGUGUUGUAUGAAUUGUCUACUGCAAAUCGAAAUCAUUUGUGGUCGAGUUUAUUCAUUUGGGAUGUUGUGCCAUCAGAUCAUGGACAGGAACCUCAUUUUAAUAGGAAUGUUUAUUUAUACUACAAAACAUCUGGAUAAUUCUAACUACAACUAUGUGGAUGUGUUGAAUGACAUUACUGUUUAAUGGAAAAAUCAACUUUUCUCUAAAACAUGGUUUGGGAUCUAAAGAAGUUCCUUUUAGGGGAUUUAUUCGUACACUGUACUACUAGAGAGUUCUUCAUAAGCAUGAUACUGGAGUAGAGAGUAUGACACUGGUUCCACCUUAUCUCAGUGUUUAUGCUAUUCAUAUUGUUGUAAUGUUCAUGUUGUGUAAUGAAAUUCCAAAUUAACAUGAAACUAAAUGUGUAUUUGGUGAUGGUCUCAAUAGUGAUGUCCUGAAGAGACAGAGUCCGGCACUUUUUGGUCAUUUUCCUGUUGUAACAUACUUACAAACUUACAAUAGUCAUUAACUGCAGAGUUAAGGCCGAUUUUUUUCAGGACAGCUAGGUUAAAUCUAGUGUUGCACUCCAGUAGUAUGGUAUUUGGCAUCCCAGGUCGAAAUUCUGUAUUUAUAGUUUGUAGAAAAUAUUCUGUACAUUUUUGAAAAAAUACAUAACGGAACAUGCUACAAAAUGGGCUCAGGUAGCAAAUAUGAGCAACUACUGUAUGUUGUGGCUUGUUUGAAAUACACCUCAUAAUCUGUUUUUAAUUUUAAAAUAAGAAAUAAUAAUCAGCUUGAUUUUUUUAUAUCACCUUUCAUGCAUACAAAUCAUUUGCAAGUGUAUGCUUAACAUGGCAAUUAAAAAAUAAAAUGAAAUAAAAUGAAAUAAAUAAAAUAACAAUAAGAAUCCAGUUGGGGGGGAUCAUAUGUGUGACAAUAAAAGUAAAAUAUAAAUUGUUAUAUAUAAAAAAUAUAUAUAAACAUGAAAAAAACUUGAAAAGAAAUAAACAGAAAGAGAAAUCGUAUAAACUAGAGUUUAUACAAGAAAAACAAGGAGGUGAGUUUGAAAAUAAAUCAUAAAGCAUAAAGAUUGUCUGAUAUUAUUUGGGAAACUGCUUCAUUUCAGGUGCAUAAAACUAGAAGGCUGCUUCACCAUAUUUUUGUUGAUUUGGUGUCAAUUGGGCCUGAAAUGCUAUAGCUUUGUGAAUGAUAUAGAAAGGGGGUUUAUACAAUCUAGAAUGUAUCAAAGUGCCAAUCCAUUAAGUGCUUUAAAGUUUUGUAGCACUAUUUAAAUUGUAUCCUAAAAUACCGGUAAGACGGUUUAAGACCCAUGUUUGGACCCAUUGUCAGCAUAUACACAGAAAACAGAAGAGGGGUGAGAAUGGGUCCAUGUAAAAAGCAUUAUAGGAUCCAAUUAUUACCAUUAUUAUGAUAAGUAUGAAUAAAACCUUUUCCCUAACAGUUUUCAUGUCUAGUAAUACUGAAUGAUCAACAGCAUCACAGGCAGCAGAAUGAUCUAACAGAACAAGUACAGAUACACUGUCCUAAUCAGCACUGAGUCUCAGGUCAUUAACUACCAUCAUCAGCACUGUAUCUGUAAAGUAACAUAAUCUGUGACAUGAUGGUUAUUACUGUCAUUACACUAAACAACAAGAAGCAAUGACUUGGCAGUAUUUUGAAUAACAUGGUGCAGCAUCUUGAAGGGAUGAUCACCGUUAUUCCUCACUUAUGCCACAAGUCUCUCCAUAGCAACAUGGUAUUUCUAGAAUAAUCUACUAGUGCAUCAGUACAGUAUGUACCCUGCUACAAUGCUAGUUUAUCACAGGGCAUCGCAUCAACACACUUCUUCACAAUUUGUUGGAAUUUGGAGUUGCCUGUCCACCUACCAGCAAGUGUUUAAAACAUAUGUGGACAC